AUGAGCAAACUUUACGUCGGAAACCUGUCUUGGAACACCUCGGAUGAGACCCUCCGUGAGGCCUUCUCCCAGUUUGGCCAGGUCACUGACUCCAUCAUCAUGCGCGACCGCGAGACCGGCCGAGCCCGAGGAUUCGGAUUCGUCACCUUCAGCACCGAGGACGAGGCUAACGCCGCUGUCGAGGGCCUGAACGAGCAGGAGCUCGACGGACGACGCAUCCGAGUCAACGUUGCCAACGCCCGUCCCUCCGGAGGUAGCGGCGGCUACGGCGGUGGCCGUGGUGGUGGCUACGGAGGUGGUGACCGAAACGACCGACAGGGUGGCGGCUACGGAGGUGGCUACGGCGGUGGUGAUCGCCAGGGCGGCGGCGGCGGCUACAGCCAGGGUGGUUACGGCGGUGGCGGCUACGGCGGCGACCGCAACGACCGUGGCAACAACGGUGGUUACUAG